UAUUCCAGCAUUUCACUCUUCAUUCCCCUCUCCCAACAUCCUCUCCGACUGGAAGCGACCUCCAAUGCCCAGAGAAAAUAAGAAAAGAGUAUACCCAUCUCGGACAAACGUUUUUUGCGUGCAUCUAUGGUGGUGGACAUGUCGUUCACACUGAAGUAUAAGGCGAUCCAGCUGUUUUUCAGAGAGCGCUGGUGAGAAAUCAGACGGCAGCAUCAUCCAGGAUGUCUCUGAUGUUUGGGAAAGCAAGAACUUGCAAUAUUGUCACAGUUCCUGAGCAUGAGCCUUCGGAGUGUAACAUAGUGAUUUUGGGAGCUAUGGGAUCUGGAAAGUCAGCACUUACUGUGAAAUUCCUCACGAAGCGCUUCAUCAGUGAAUAUGACCCAAACCUUGAAGAUACUUACUCUUCUGAAGAAGCUGUGGACCAGCAGCCAGUCCUAGUCAAAGUGAUGGACACGGCCGAUCAGGACGGACCAGUCAACUGUGAGCGCUAUUUAAGCUGGGCCAAUGCCUUCAUCAUCGUCUACAGCAUUGACAACCGGAGUAGCUUUGCGGCCUGCCAGCAGUACCUCGAGACUGUGACCGUUUACUCUAAAGGCCUGCAGCCAGAAGCUCCUGUCGUUCUUCUAGGGAACAAAGUGGACAUGGAGAGAUACAGACAGGUGAGCAAGGCAGAUGGUGCUGCCCUGGCCUUGCGGUUCGGCUGCCUGUUCUUUGAAGUUUCCGCCUGCUUGGACUUCCUGUCCGUUCAGCACAUCUUUCACGAAGUCGUUCGGGAAGUGAGGCGAGAGACCGAGAGGAGUAUCCGUCCGCUCUUCAUCAGCGAAGACAAGUCCGCCAUCAGCCUGUCCUCCGCCCCUCCCCUCACCGCCUGCUUUAAAGAGCUGCCCACACCGGCCACAGCGAAACUGGUCACGGUUAAAUCCUCGAGAGCUCAGAGCAAACGCAGAGCCCCCACGCUUACACUGCUCAAGGGCUUUAAGAUCUUCUGAUGAAAUGCUGCCCUCUUCUGAUACUGGAGAGGAUCUACUAGAGGGAAUGCUUGUCUUGAUGUUAUAUAACAGGACCUGUUGGAGAACAACGUCUCUCACAUACUUGAGAAUGCAGUAAUUGUACUAAAUAUAUCAGAGCGCCAAUUAAUGUCUUUGUUAGCAUUUCUGA